GUGACACACUAGAAAGGCAGGCUCUUUAGAGCAAAAUCGCUCAAUCGCUGCGUCUUUGCACCUAGAAUCACGCCUGUGGCAGCGCACGCACCCCCUGGCGACGACGCAAUCGAAAGCGGCGCUCCAUUUGCACCACUGCGCGCAGAGCACUGCCCAAGUGCAGCCAGAGCGCGCUUGUGCAACUCGUGCGUGCCCAAUACUGCAUCAGUAUCGCUGUGCAAAAAUAGCACCACAAUCAUAAGCGCAAAAAGCGAUCAAAUGGUGCGCCUCGUCUACGCCUGGGCGGCCACCGUAGCGGCAGCGCUGCAGCGCGCGCCGCGGCCGCGCCUCAGCUCGCGGCGGAGCGCCGCCGCCGCGAGCGACGACGGCGACUGGUUCGCGCCGCGCCACCGCGCGUCCUGCACCUUUGUUGAUGAUGGUGCGUGGCCUCGAUUAGAGGCAGCGGCCCGAGCGUUGUACGACUGGAACGCCAAGAUCAACGUCGUGUCGCGCAAGGGCCUCGACCCCAUCACACUCAUUGAAAGACACUACCUGCCGUCGCUCGCAUUACUGGAGGCGCCGCCACUCCAACAGCUGCCGGCGGGCGCGCGCGUCGUCGACGUCGGUACGGGCGGUGGGUUCCCGGGCCUGCCGCUGGCGAUCUGCCGGCCCGACCUGAAAUUCGACCUCGUCGACUCGAGGAAAAAGAAGAUCGACGUCGUAGUGGCGUGCGCCGAGGCCGCGAAUUGCGAGAACGUGGACAGUAUAGCAGGGCGCGCCCCGGCGGAUCUGAAGGGCCGGCGCUACGAUCUGGUGCUGGGCCGGUCCGUGAAGAACCUGCCCGAUUUUUUUGACACGAUCUCGCCGCUCCUGUCGACGGAGGGCAGCGUGCUGUACAUCAAGGGCGGGGACCUGGAGGAGGGCGUCUCUGCGCCUUUGGAUUCGUGGGCCGUCGCCGAUUUGCUGGGCGGCGUCGUCGACACGGACAAGGUCGCGCUGCACUUCGCGGGCGCGGACGUGGCGGGGCCGCGGCGGCGGCGAUGAUAUAAUUGUUGGCUUGUUUAUUCAGAGUGAGAGCGAGUCGGUAUAUAUUCGGCUGAAAAA